AUGUUAGAGAAAUUAGCGACGUGGAUCAUUAAUACUUACAUUGGAGAGUAUGUGGAAAACUUGAAUACAGAUCAGCUCUCUAUCGGCAUUUUAAGUGGUGCCGUCGAGUUGGAAAAUUUACCUCUCAGGAAGGAUGCUCUGAGAAAAUUGGAUCUACCUUUGGCUGUUAAAUCAGGAUUCUUAGGAAAAUUAAAGUUAAAAGUACCACUGCGAAGAAGUACUACGAGUUCUUGGGAAAUACAUAUUGAGCAAUUGUAUAUAGUAGCUGGACCUCACUCUGAAGAUGAGCCGUAUGAUGCAGAAGAGGAAAAACAAAUUGAAAACAAUAGAAAGAGGCAGCAAUUAGAUGCCAUGGAAAGUCAAUGGAGGGUAAAUAUUAUUUCACCACAACAACUUCGUGAUAUUCAUACUUUGGCAAGUCUUACUGCAAAUGAGUCAGUGAGUUGGUGGUCAGCUGCAACAUCGUUUGCUUCCAGCUUCGUAUCAAAUUCUCUAUUUACAAGCAUCAUUGAAAAUUUACAAAUUGUUAUCAGCGAUGUCCAUAUACGUUAUGAAGGACCAUCUGCUUACAAUAAUAGGCCUGUGGCAUGUGGAAUAACAAUUUCUAGCUUAAGAGUUCAAGCAGCAAAGAAAGAAGAUCAAGUCGCCGAUGAAGAUCCAUUAAUUGUAAAAUCUGUUGCACUAAGCAAUCUUGCUAUAUAUUAUGACGAUGAUACUGAUCUUUACGGCGAUCUUCCUAUUAUAGAGCUUCAGGACAUUUUGCAAGUCAAUGGAUUUGGUAAAGAGAUUAAGCAUUGCUAUCUUCUAGAACCAUUAUGUGCGGUCACAAAGUUAUCUACGAAUAGAUCGGAGUUACCUUUGAAAUCUCGAAAUAAACCAAGAUAUAUUAUUGAUACUGAACUUAGUAAAAUUUCAAUAACACUAUCAUCACAUCAGUUACAAAAUUUGGUUUAUACAAUGGAUGAAGUGGAAAGAAAUAGUAUAUCAAGAAAAUUUAGAAAAUGGAAACCAAAAGUUCCCAUUAAUAAGCAAAGUGCGAGGAAAUGGUGGCAAUUUGCCAUAACUGUUACUUUGAACGAUGUGCGAGAACGCCUACAUCGUCGAUCACGCUCCUUUGUCAUCAAACGUGUUCACAGUCUAUUACUGUAUAUGAAUCUGUACAAGCAGCAUCUAACUGAAUCAAAAGUUGAAGAUUAUGUUACGGAAGAACGAUUAAGGAUUGAAGAUGAAAUGAAUAUCAACGAGAUUAUAAUUUUGCGCGAAUUGGUCAUGCAAAAAAUUCUCGCUGAGAAAUUAUUAGAAAAGGAGAUGAACAAAACUACUGACACAGAUAGAGCCCCUCUUACUGCUAAUCGGUGGUUUCCUGAAUGGACUUCAUGGGGUAGUAAAAGCGAUACCAAUUCCAAUGAAGUUGAAAUCAAAAAAGCUGCAGUUGUAUCAAAGCAGCCAAUUAAAGACGCUCCCAAAGAAAAUGAAGAUAUUACUGAGUUCGGAUAUAAAGCAAUUUAUCAACCAAUUGCUUCUAUCGACCUAAUGAAAGUUACUGCAAAUCUUACGCUUGGACUACGCACUGAUUUUAUUGAUGUCAAUAUGUCCCUUGGGUCAUUAGUAGUAAAAGAUAUGAUUACUAAGGAAUCUUUGUUGCCAAACGUAAUUUCUCCCGCUCCAAAGAAGCAGGAAAAAUCUACAGAAGAUAUCUUUCAUCUUCAAUUUGAACGAAAUCCACUUGAUGCUAAAGUGGACUAUAGGCUACGCGUUCAUUCUCAACCGCUAGCUAUUGUUUAUAACUCUACUGUGAUAUCGAAGCUGAUGAACUUUUUUAACCAGAAGCAAACAUCCAGAUCUAAGCUUAUUACUGAUGCUGCUCGUAGCCGUUACGAACAUUUAAAAAAUCAAACGAAGGAAGAAUUGCGGAAUACAUUUGAUCAGCUUUUGCAUGGAUCUAUUAAGGUCUUUUGCUACUUCCAAUUUGCUAUAAAAACAAAGAAAUGGAGUGUAUACCUAGAUAUCUCUGCUCCACAGAUUGUGAUCCCGGAAAAUUUUACUAAUGUUAAUGCUCCAAUCGUUAUUCUCGAUCUUGGUCAUCUGCUAUUUCACAACGUUGAAGAUUUACCUAAUGUAGAGGCAAAAUCAGCGGAUCUUACCCGCCAGAUUUCAAAUAAUGAUGAUUCUUUUUUAACUCCACCAUCGACGCCAUCAGAGGACGAAGAAGAUGCCAUAUUUAAAAGUAUAAUUACAAAUACUAGCCAUAUAUCAUCAAUUAGUGAUGCCGUUCACGAUAAACUAUACGAAAGAUUCAACUUAUUGAUGCGUGACUUGCAAAUUUCCGUUAAUCAACUUGGUAACGAUUGGCAAACGUUACUCGUGGAAGAUUCUACUGAUGCUUAUUUAGUAGAUAAAUUUAGUAUUUUAUUGUUUAUGGAAAGGAUAUCCGAAAGUAAAGUACCAGACAUCGAAGUAGAACCUGUCAAACCUCAAUUUGUUGUAGAAUCGAAAUUAUUGCUAGUAGAAUUUCAGAUUGAAACGACAACUUUGAUAGUUUCUAGCAGAGGACGAGAUAUUGCUGAAGUUGAAGUUAAGGGAGUGAAGGCAAACUUUACGAAGUGUCCUUACGAUAUAUCUGUGUCUUUAUCAGUGCAACUCUUUUCGGUCUUUGAUAGACUUCAGUUGUAUGGACCAGACUUUGACACUUUUAUUACCUCUAAGAAGACUUCUCUAAAUGAAGAAGAUGAAAAAGAUACUAAUAGUCGACUGGAGAGCUUUUCGGACUCUCGAACCCUUAUUUCCAUUGAAUAUCAAGCGGUCGACGGAAAUUAUCCCUCGGAGGGUAUUCCUAAAGAAGGUCUAAAAAUUGCAUCUAUCCAUUGCAACACUUUGGAAAUGAUAGCCAACCAAGAACUUAUUGUAGAAAUAAUGGCGUUUAUUGAUCGUAUUUCCUCUGAGAUCAAUGUCAACAUUGCAAAGGAAACCCAUACUGAUGUUGACAAUGACAGCGUCAUGAAGGUAUUAUCGUCCAAUAAAGUGGACAUUAUCGUCGAUUUUCAAAGCUUAAGCGUGGUGUUAGUACGCGGGAUUACUUCAGCUAACAAUGCAACCAUUGGUCGUAAAGUUGCAAUUAUUGGUAUGAAUCGUGCAAGAAUCAGUGCGACAAUUGGAAGAGAAUUAAAAUUAGAUGGUGCAAUAGAUGGUCUUACUUGCAUAGACCUUACGAAUGUUGCAGUUCGUAAUUUUGUCUUCUUACUUGGUAGCUUUUCUGAACAAUGCGAUCUCUCAACUCUUGGUAUUGGGGGAGCAAAAGGAGACGCUUUAAUUUCGAAUUUAUUAACGAAAGAUUCUAAUAAUCCAACGAAAGCCUUAUCAUUUGGAAUUAUCAAAACAAAUGAAAUCUAUGCUUCGAAUGCUAUAGAUGAGUCAUCAAAUCAAGAUCCAUUAUCAACGAAAAUUGCUCUAACAUUGCGCAUGGCCUCUGCUCAAUAUGUACAUAAACCGUUAUUUAUUUCUGAGUUACAUUCCUGUAUCGGGGAAUUUCGAACUUCUACGGAAAACCUUGGCAGGUCAAUCCGUUCCGCAGCUAGUGGAGUAGCUAGGAAUAUUGUUAGUGAAAAACAGACCUUGUCCAAUCAACUUGAGUUUUUAUCAAACCCUGUAAAUAGGAAUACUGAUUGCUACCAAUCUCAAAAUGAUGCUGAUGAUCGAGGCAACGUUAUUACCGGAGACACGAGCGUCGAUUGCGCUUCUUCCAGUAAGGCAAAUGUGAAUCUCGUUAUUGAUAUGAAAAUUCAAAGCCCCGUGAUUGUACUACCACGAAGUAACGUUGCUAGUGAAGCUCUUGUUGCACGCCUCGGCGAAAUUUCACUACAGAAUAAAUCGUUAACCGUCUCUCAAGCGGGCCUUAAACAAACUUUAGGAGAUCGAAUAGUUCUACAAAUUGAAAAUAUCAGUUUAUCUGCCGUAUAUGAUUCUGAAUCAAAGAUCGACACAAAAGAAAUGUGUUAUAAUGGUUAUGACAUUCUUAAAGAUACAACAAUUAAAUUUGUUAUUGAUAGAUUUAUUGAUAGUCGUGAUAUUCUUUCCGAAGAUAUGAAACUCGCUAAUGAGUCUCCAUUGCUAAAAGUCACUGGUGAAAUCGUUAAUCCUUUGCAAGUGACUGUUAACCCUAAAAUAUAUAAUCACAUUAACGAUACGUUACAGAACCUAUUAGUAGAUCAAGCUGAAAACGAUAGUUCUAAGAUGCAGAUAAAUAACAAUGAAGAAGAGAAAGGUGAAUCAUCAGUGUUAAUGAAUACCUCAAGUACGAAUAUGAAAUUUGAAGCUGGAUUUUCGAUUCCAUGCAUAUCAAUUACCCUCGUCAAGGAAGCUAGCGGCGACGAGAUUCCUUUGCUGAACUUUUCCUUGCAAGAUUUCAGCAUGACUGCUAGUAAUACAUCUAAUUUCAUAACUUUCGUGGAAAUAAAGCUGUAUAGCUUACAAAUAGAAGAUCUUAUGGUUUCAACAAAUUCAGAAAGCAGAUUUGUUGCCAAAUCUCAAUCUUCUCAUCGGGUGUCUUCUACGCACCUUGAUUUAAUUGAUCCAGUAAUUGAUGAUAAUUUAUCUAAUAAGCUAGAGCGGGAUAGCGCCUUAGUUAAAAUUAAUAUUACAAUAAUAAAUGGAAAUUCUGGAAUUUCUGCUCCUAGAUACGAUAUUAGUAUGUUAUUACUAAUCGACUGCUUUCCUAUUAAAGAGAUCGAACUACAGCAAGAUUAUGAUCGAAGGAAUAUCGCCGAUUCUAGCACAGAAUUACAGUCUGGUGGAUCAGGUAAUAUGACUGAUAAUGAAAUCAAAUUUAAGGUACGAUCCUUGACCAUCAGGUUAAGCAAGAAUGAGUAUCAGCUGGCUCAGGCCUGUGUAUCAGACUUAUGUACGGAAGUUGCAUUAAGCCAAGGAAAUACUUCUGUGAAAGGACGACUUGGUAACAUCGCAUUAUUAGAUUUAUCGCCGUCUGGUUCCCUGUAUAAAGAAAGGUUUUCAACUAUGGAUCAUGAAGCCUUAAAUUUUGAAUUUUUCAGAUAUGGUAGUGAAGAUCCUGACCACUAUCGUGAUUGUGACAUGAAAUUAAAACUUCGUGUGUCGUCAGUGCGUUACGUUCAUACUCAAUUUUUUCAGGAUGAGUUAAUGGCAUUUUUUAAUCAUUUUACUCAUAUGGAAGAAGUCUUUAAAAAAAUGAGAGAAGCUACGGAAGAAAGCUUGCUGGGUGGUAAUGAAUUGAAACAAAAAUCAAGGAUGCUAAUGAAUAUGGAAAUGGGAAGCCCAGUUAUUAUUUUGCCUCGUAAUCACGAUUCUUCUGAAUUAAUUGUAGCUGACUUAGGCCACUUACGUAUAAAUAAUUGUAUCUCUCAAUCUUACAAUGAUGGAACGACAUCGAAUAGUAAAAACAUCUCAAGGCCCUCUUAUUCUAAUGUCCUGUUGAAGGAAUUCUCAAUUGAUGAAAGCUAUCGUAAUUGCGUUCUAGACUGUAUUAAAAUAGAAAUUAUAGACAUGGAUUUAUAUUCUGCAGUAAGAACUGACGACGAAGAUAACCGUUUGGGUUUUAAGCAUGAUGGUGAACGUUAUCUUAAGGAUAAAUGUGCCCUUAAUUUAAAGGUCAUCAGAAACCUCGAUUGUUACACAAGACAUGAUGUACCAGAAAAUUCUAUCUCUGGAAGCCUAUCCACCGCUCAUUUCGUACUUGAUAAGGUGCAGUUUGAUUUGCUAAUGGGAGUAAUGAAUGAAAAUUUAUCGGCAAGUAAUGCCGAGUUAAGGAAUCUAAAAAUAAGUUCGCCACAAACAGAAGUACAAAGGUCAUUCGUAAAGGCCAAUGCAGACGAAGCUGUUUAUAUCAUGAAUCACGUCAAAUUUGGCCUUCUUAAUCUUCGUAUCGAAUUUCUAAAGAGCUCUCAAACUGGAAAAGAAAAUACACCUAAUUCGUUGGCGCUAUUCGAGCUGGUUGAUUCAUGCAUCAUGUAUGAUGGAUUUUCUGAUGAAUCAAUUACUGUUGAUAUAUCCUGUCAUGCAAUCAUUGCUAACGAUACUCGAUCGGAAGGUAAAAAUAUUUUUGGCAAAGUGCUCCAACCGUAUCCUAAUAAGUAUGCAGACGAAAUUAAUACAGUCCAAGCUGAAUUAAAUUACCGGAAAACACGAACUGCUACAAAAUUGCUUAUAAUUUUCAACGAAGUAAGAAUAAUAUGUAUACUGGACUGGUUCAAUGAAUUGCGAUCAUUCUUUCAAGCUGAGGAUAAUGAAAUGAAAACAGUGGAACCUAUAGGAACUCCAAUUUUAUCGAUGGGUACAGGAAUUUUCACUCGUCGAAUGGCCAUGAAAUAUGGAGAUACGCGACCAACUGAAAUAAAAUUCAAUCUGACGGAGACUGAAUUAAUAGUUGUGGAAGACGCUUCAUGUCGUGACACGAACGCAAUUAUUUUAAAGGGUACAGCAGUUCUUAAAUUUUGUCCUCAUCUAGCCUCUGAGCGUCCUUUGUCUUGCAGUUUACAAGGUCUCGAAAUUUUUUCGUGCAAUAUGAGCGAUAUUGACGGUAGCGCUCUCUCGAUAGUAGAUCCGUUCCAACUGCUGAUAGAACUCAAUUCUGCAACUGAACUAUCGAGUAAAGCCUUUGGCUUAACAGAUGCAACCCAGCAGCAGCUACCAGCUCUGGAGCUAUCAGCAACUCCAUCAUUGAAUACACGAGUAUCAUAUCAAGACGUUCAACUUUUUAUUACCAUUCUAAAUACGUUAUCAAGAACGAAAUUUGGUUCUGAAAGUAAAAAAUCUGCAAAUGAGGCUCCUAGUUUAAAUAAAAAAUCUAUAAUGGACGAAGAUCUUACAGAAAUAAGUGUUUCGAAUUUGGAGAAAUUGCUUGCUCUUGGAUUUAACAGACAACUAUGCAUUCAAGCUUUACAACGGACAUCAGAUCAGUUAGAAGAAGCUUCAAAUUGGUUACUCGAACAGGAAGAAAAUACUGAUAAUAGUUCGAGUCGAAGAAAUCACGAUGGUUCUCCAAGAAUCCACCGUAAUAGCGAAAGAGCAGAUUCAAAUACUGGUAUUGCAGGAAUUAAGAUUCGUGUCCCUUAUCUUCUCGUGUGUGUUAUUGAUGAUUGCGGUGAUCAUGACGUACCUCUUUUCGAACUUUCUAUCAACGAUUUAACAUUAUCUCAUGAUAUGCAAUCCUGCAACGGAAGCUAUUUUCGUGGAAGUUUAUGUGUUGAUUACUAUAAUCGAAGUGUAUCCGCAUGGGAGCCCGUUAUCGAAACUUGGGCAUAUAACAUUCAAUGGAGAAAGCAAAGAUCAUCGGAAUUACUCAAACCGGAACGUUUUAUUGCGAAGAUUGAAGCUAAGCAUCGUUUAGACGUAAACGUUACAUCGUCUCUUUUGGAAACUAUCAAAAACACUCAACAAACCUGGGUGGAUGAAUUUAACAAGUUCAAGUCGGCCAUUUCGAAUAAUCCUGCAACUAAUACCAGUAAACAAGUGAAAGAAAAUAGAAGACGUGCACCAUACAUACCGUAUAUUCUUCGCAAUCGUACUGGAUGUUCAUUACAUUUUGCAACAAUUACAACAGCGCCGUUAUCUUUCAGCAAUACUGCCGCUACCUAUGGGCAAAGUGGUAUUAUUAGGAAGCAAGUUACAUAUGAUCAGUCUGAAGAUUUAACGUGGAUUCCAGUCGGUAUUGAGGAAGACAUUCCAUUUACGUUUGAACAUCGCGAAAAAUUUAGGCAUACCAACACUCAUAUUGCUAAAGUUCAUCAGAUUUCCGUUCAAGUUGAUGGCUGGAAAAUGGUAUCUCCGAUAACUGUAGAUCGCGUGGGUGUCUUUUUCCGGCAAGCUCUACCACAAAAUCAUCCGGGUACAGAUAAGAAUAAAUCCCCUUCAGCUCGUAUCGUUUUCGACGUUACCGUUUUUGGCUCAAAGAAGAUUAUUACUGUUCGUUCUGCACUACAAAUAAAGAAUCUCCUACAUACACCGAUACAAUUAUUUUUUAAGACACCUACUUAUACUGGAUUUAAAGGAUCACUUGAAAUGCCACCACUCGAAUCUGGUUCUACUACUUCAGUCCCGCUACAAUAUUGCAUGCAUGAACUAUAUGCUCGGCCGUAUCGCUGGGGUACGGCUUAUCCUGCAGAUAAUGUAGUAUGGCAUUUAGUUCGUAAGGAAGAAUCCGUUUGUAACAGGCUUUAUAGUUGUAAUUGUCAGGAUGAUAAUUCAUCCUUUUGGUUCUGUGCCAAGAUCAAAAGAGAAAAUUAUCCACGCGAAUAUGUCACUUUAGCCUCUUUGGAUGGUAGAUUACGUCAUAUUCAGCAGCCGGCUCACACAAUCUCCUUUAUGCCAGUAGUUGUAGUCGCGAAUUUAUUACCGUGCAGAAUAAAAUUUGUCUUAGGUAGCGUAAAUGGUGUAGCUGAUGUUGGUAAAGAAAAGCCAUUAUAUGAAAUGGAUCCUUUAUCGUCUAUGGAAUUUGGAGCAACAAUUGAAGGAUUCGAACAAUAUUCUUACAGUAUUACUAUUCCUCCCGGUUGUCGUUCUGGUGCUGGACGUUUAACACUGGUUGAUCGUCAUCAACGACCGCUAAAUCUUAAUGUUAAAUUAUCACUAGUUAAUAAUUCAACAAUAAAAAUUUCUGUUUUCUGUAACUAUUGGUUUAUGAAUAAAAGUGGUAUCCCACUCGUCUUUAAGCAAGACAACUCAAGCGAUGAAGCAGCUGGUCAGUUCCAUGAACACGAAAUUGCGAGAAAUGUAGAGCCUUUAUUGUUUUCUUUCAAUGAUGUAGAAGCCAAUAAUUUAUGUUCAAUACGAGUUGGCAAGGAAUACGAUACUGGAAAGCCUGUAUGGAGUGUACGAUUCUCACCUGAAGCAUCUAGUUAUCUAUCAGUUCAUUCUAUUCAAACUGGGGGAAGGCCUGAUCAAGUUUACGAAAUUGGUAUCGAUUCCAGGCCGGGAUCAGGACGAUAUAGUGCUACAAGAAUUGUUACCUUUACUUGUAGAUAUCAGCUAGAGAAUCGAACUCAUCAUAAAUUAGCCUAUGUUCAACAAUAUGUAACAACGAAUACAAAGUCAAUUAAUCCUGAUGCAACUCUGUAUGCACUGCCUGGAUGUGUUACGCUUUUUCAUUGGCCACGACUAGAUCUUGAUCGAUUACUAGCUAUUAAAGCUGAAGACGUAAAUGGGUGCAGGUGGUCUGGUGGCUUUCGAAUUGACAAAAUGGACUCAUUUCAGAUCUUUAUGAGAGUUGAUGAUAAUAAACCAUUAUUUUUGCGAGUGGAAAUUCUGCAGAGUGGCGCUUCUAUACGUGUUCUGUUUAGUGAAGCAAGUGAACUGUUGCCUCCGUACAGAAUCGAUAACAUGGCUGAAGUGUCAAUAUUAUUUCAUCAAUCCUGUAGAAGUGAUUUACAGACUACUCUCAUGCCACAUUGUACGAUGCCUUAUGCUACUGAUGAACCAAUGUUUAAACCAGAGCUAGUAGUUAGUGUACCUACUGGAUCAGAGGAAAAGAUUAAUUUACAAAAAGUAGGCGAAGAGCGUCGUUUAUAUUACGAUAACUGCAUUUACUUGACUGCUAAACAGUUUGCGAAUCUUCCACAAAAAGGAUCAAAAUCAAAGGAUUUCAUAGAAAAUAUGGCCUUAGUAUUAGAUGCUCCUUUUCCCAGAGAUACAACAGUCUAUUUUAGGUCUAAAAUAAACGAAAGAAAAUCGCAAUUGUGGCGGAUGACGAGUGCUGGCAGAUUAUGCAAUGAAGGAUCAAUUUUAUCAAAUAAAAAAUCCACAGGGCUUAAUAUUGGAUUAGUCCUUGAUGCAAAGGAGAGCAAGAUGAAAAAUUGCUUUCAGUUAUUUCUUAAUCGGCCUGACGAACGAAGGGUGGACACACAAACGUGGCAUUUCACCAAAGAAGGUCAAUUAGCUUGUCGUUUGCCAGGAUUAGUAGUGCAAGCUUUUGGAGGGUCUUUGCAACUAAAACAUGGGUGUCUAGCGGUGCUAGAUCUUGCUACAAACUUUCCACACAAAGACUUGGAUAGUGGUAAAGAGAAACCUAAUGAUCAGAUUAUUGUCCCCGUAAAAGUAAGACCGGGAUCAGGAAUGUUAUCAAUGGUUGUGAUAAGUGAGGGGCCGACGCGUGUUUUGCGAAUAUCAGAUUUCCCAAUUCAAAUGAACCGAAUAAAGUCUGUGCCAACUGAAAUGAAUGAAAGCAAAAGCAGCUCGAUAGAACAAAACGCACACAAAUCGCUUAUUUACGGCACAUCCGAUACAGUAACAAACAAGAGUGAGUUUGAAAUUCACUUAUUUUUAGCCGGCGGUAUUGGAGUAUCUAUGGUAACAUCUCUUCCAGAGGAAUUACUUUUCCUUAGUCUAACUGGAAUUGAAAUUAGUUAUAUACAUACAUCGGCGUCUCGAACAGCGGAAAUUAAUAUUCAGCAUAUACAAAUUGACAAUCAGUUAGAAAAUGUAAUGCAUCCUGUAACUUUUUAUAUUACGCCUCCUGGCAGUAAGGAUGACGAACAAUAUGGACAACCAGCUCUACAUUUAGCAGUCGUAAUGUUACCUAGCCAUUUCGAUAAUGUACACAACAUUAAGCGCUUGCAUUUUGGAUUGAAACCGAUCGCCUUAAAUAUCGAUGAAUUAUUGCUGCUAAAAUUCCUUCAAAUGAUUGGCUAUCCGAAAGCAAUAAAACACGAUAGCUUUGCUAGUGAAGCUGGUUUCGAUUUUCAAGGAUCAAGGUAUGCUAUUGCCGAUAAUGUUGUACAGUUUUACUUUAACAUGAUUCGAAUACCUGAAAUCAAAGUCGGCAUCAGUGUUUCAACUGCGAGUAAACUGAGUAAUGAAUUAAGAAAAAUGCGAAGCCAACUAGGAUUAUUCCUCAUGAAACUUGAAAAUGCACAAAUUGAACUUAGUGAAUACAAUCGUCAUCAUUUGAUAAAUGAAAGCGACAGGAUUUUUGACGAUUUAAAAAGACAUUAUUUACAGGAAGUCAUACGUCAAUCAUUGAGAAUCUUUGGCGCUGUAGAUUUCCUCGGUAAUCCUAUUGGUCUAUAUAAAGAUGUUGCUUCCGGUUUAUCUGAGCUUGUAAUUGACCAAGAUCUUGUAGGUUUCUUAUCGAAAGUUACUCAUGGUAUUUCGGACUCAACAUCCAAGAUUGCCGAUAAUAUUUCAAGUCGCUUAGCUUCCGUUGACAGCAAUUUUAAGGAUAGACGUGAAAAAAUAAGACUAGAGCAUGCGCGUGGAGGAGGAUCAGAGCAGUUUAAGGCUGGCAUAAAAGGAUUUGGCGCUGGCUUAAGUGGUGUAACUAGUGUCAUAACUGAAUCAAUUGAAGGAGCUGCCACUAAGGGAUUUUCUGGUUUUAUCAGUGGUCUAGGGAAGGGGAUAGUUGGAUCCCUAGCCAAGCCCGCUGCUGGAGUAUUGGAUCUGGCAGCUGGAACAGCAGCUUAUCUUAGAGAUACUUCAUCGUCUUCCGAUUCCAGUCAUCGAAUUAAGAGGUGCCGACCUAGACGCGUGUGUAUGGGACCUGGUGGAACCUUGCCGAGAUACUCAGCUCGUGAUGCGCUUGGUCAAGACUAUUUGCAUGAAAUUUCAGAUUGUAAAAAUUCCGAAAGAUAUCUUGCCUUUGAAAACUUUAAUGAAGACUUGAGUGGGCAAAUUAGAGCUGUUAUAUCAACGAAACGAAUUUAUAUCGUCAAACCUGGUCCUCCAUCGGAUGAGUCAAUAAUAAAAACUAUUGAAUUGAAGGAUGUGAUUAGUUGUCAAUAUUUAGUCAGUGGCAAUAAUUAUGCCAUCGAAAUAUGUUAUAAAGGAGAUUACUCUAAGGCUUACGCAUAUACUAGUGGAGAAGAAUACAGUAAACCACAAUUCAGAUGUUCUGAUGAGCGUUGCGCUCAAAGAAUUUGCCGACAAAUUCUGUACGCGAUGAAUAUAUACAACGAAGAAAAGCUUUCAUUAAUUAAUGAUGUCGAUGAAGAUGAAGAAUACGAAACCUAUCACUAUUAA